CUCUUAAAAGCCCGGGCGCCGAGCGAGGCAUCCUAGCAGAGCUGGAGAGGCGACAAGCGGGAGACAAGGCUGUCGGACUCGAGCUGGCACCCAGGGACCGCGGCUGUCACUGCGCUCCGAGCAUCCUGGUGGCUUCCCGAGUAGACGAGCCCGGCCCUGCGGCAGCUGCGGGUGCAGCCCUAGCACCCUGCCCUCUCGCCGCUCUCGUGGAGCCUCACACCCCGGACAAGCGUUCGUGAUUUAGCACAAAGCACGUUUCCAAAAAGCGCACGGGAGAGCUCCCGCGCCGCGCUCCCGCGCACGCACCCCCCCUUCCCCUUUGUUUCGGGGGUCGACAGGCUGCUCUCCUCCCCAAGUCUGAAUUCUUCGCGGGGGGCGGAGGGCCGCCGAGUCUAGGCUGUGAAGAUGCCCUUGGAGCUGACUCAGAGCCGAGUGCAGAAGAUCUGGAUCCCCAUCGACCACCGCCCCUCGCUGCCCAGAUCCUGUGGGCCGAAGCUGACCAACUCCCCCACUGUGAUUGUCAUGGUGGGCCUCCCAGCCCGGGGAAAGACUUACAUCUCAAAGAAGCUGACUCGCUACCUCAACUGGAUUGGCGUCCCCACGAAAGUGUUCAAUGUCGGGGAGUACCGCCGGGAGGCCGUGAAGCAGUACAGCUCCUACAGCUUCUUCCGCCCCGACAACGAGGAAGCCAUGAAAGUCCGCAAGCAGUGCGCUCUAGCCGCCCUGAGAGACGUCAAAAGUUACCUGACAAAGGAAGGGGGCCAAAUUGCAGUUUUCGAUGCCACCAAUACUACCAGAGAGAGGAGACACAUGAUCCUUCAUUUUGCCAAAGAAAAUGAUUUCAAGGUGUUUUUCAUUGAGUCUGUGUGCGAUGACCCUACGGUUGUAGCCUCCAACAUCAUGGAAGUUAAAAUCUCCAGCCCGGAUUACAAAGAUUGCAACUCAGCGGAAGCCAUGGACGACUUCAUGAAGAGAAUCAGUUGCUAUGAAGCCAGCUAUCAGCCCCUCGACCCCGACAAAUGUGACAGGGACCUAUCCCUGAUCAAGGUGAUCGACGUGGGCCGGCGGUUCUUGGUGAACAGAGUUCAGGACCACAUUCAGAGCCGCAUCGUGUACUACCUGAUGAACAUCCACGUGCAGCCCCGCACCAUCUACCUGUGUCGGCAUGGCGAGAGCGAGCACAACCUCCAGGGGAAGAUCGGAGGGGACUCGGGUCUGUCCAGCAGGGGCAGGAAGUUUGCAAACGCCCUGAGCAAAUUUGUGGAGGAGCAGAACCUGAAGGACCUCAAGGUGUGGACAAGCCAGCUGAAAAGUACCAUCCAGACCGCAGAAGCCCUUCAUCUUCCCUACGAGCAGUGGAAGGCGCUCAACGAGAUCGAUGCUGGUGUUUGCGAGGAGAUGACGUACGAGGAGAUCAAGGACACCUACCCCGAGGAGUACGCUCUGCGGGAGCAGGACAAGUACUACUACCGCUAUCCCACCGGGGAGGUACGUGCGCUGGCGGGGCCCUGUGCCUGCUCUCUGCGUGUGACAGCCGGGCCCAGUCGGCCCCCUUCCUGGCGACGGGGCGCGGUAGCCGAGGGGCAGAAGGGCUCUGCAUCCAACCUCCCGCGUACCCCUUCCGAUGCUCGUUCCUGGUGCUCUCAGCUCCCAUCCAGUCUUCCUAAAGCGAGCCUUGUAAACAGCUCCAGGCAGUACAGUUGUAUUUCCCCGUGAGCAGCCGCCAGAUGCGUUUCUCUGAAGAUUAUGCAGUGAUGUGGGAGACCACGUCAGUCGGGGCGAUCAUUCGCUCAGCACGAGGGACCCCCCGCCUCCCCCCGGC